GUAGAGGAAGCAUGAUGGAACAGCCAUGAUGGAACAGCCUGUGUUGGUGGGUAGAGGAAGCAUGAUGGAACAGCCUGUGUUGGUGGGUAGAGGAAGCAUGAUGGAACAGCCUGUGUUGGUGGGUAGAGGAAGCAUGAUGGAACAGCCUGUGUUGGUGGGUAGAGGAAGCAUGAUGGAACAGCCUGUGUUGGUGGGUAGAGGAAGCAUGAUGGAACAGCCUGUGUUGGUGGGUAGAGGAAGCAUGAUGGAACAGCCUGUGUUGGUGGGUAGAGGAAGCAUGAUGGAACAGCCUGUGUUGGUGGGUAGAGGAAGCAUGAUGGAACAGCCUGUGUUGGUGGGUAGAGGAAGCAUGAUGGAACAGCCUGUGUUGGUGGGUAGAGGAAGCAUGAUGGAACAGCCUGUGUUGGUGGGUAGAGGAAGCAUGAUGGAACAGCCUGUGUUGAUGGGUAGAGGAAGCAUGAUGGAACAGCCUGUGUUGGUGGGUAGAGGAAGCAUGAUGGAACAGCCUGUGUUGGUGGGUAGAGGAAGCAUGAUGGAACAGCCUGUGUUGGUGGGUAGAGGAAGCAUGAUGGAACAGCCUGUGUUGGUGGGUAGAGGAAGCAUGAUGGAACAGCCUGUGUUGGUGGGUAGAGGAAGCAUGAUGGAACAGCCUGUGUUGGUGGGUAGAGGAAGCAUGAUGGAACAGCCUGUUGAGUGGUGCAAUCUUGACUCUGGGCUGCGUCCCAAAUGGGACCCUACCCCCUCCCUAUAUAGUGCACUAGUCAAAAGUACUAGUAUUCCAUUUGGGAUGUAGUCUUUAGACCCCUAUUCACACUGCCUAGGCAGUAGAGUAAUGUCCAAUACAUGCAGUGUUUAUGUCCAUGUUUCUGUUCAAUAAAUAAACUGAAAAUA